GGGAAAGGAGGGGACCUGUCACAGGUAGAGGGAGCCGCGGAGCUCCCCAGGUAACCCCGAGGAGAGAACGCGAUCUGCCUCCGGAGCUUUGUCACACAGGUGCGCGGUGCCUACGUCGGCCUCGAGUCUGGGGCUGGAGGAGUUGCCUUUGGAGCCCGAAAGGAGGAAGGAAGCAAAAUAUCAACAACCGUCGAGGCGGCUUGGGCGCUCGGCCGCGUCCCCGCCGCCCGCCGCCGCCGCCCCCGCGCACACCAGGGGGUCCGGGCCCUGCGGCGCCGCCCAGGCCGCGUGGACGCGGUGCCUUCGCUGUUCCCCGCCGGAGCUGCUGCUUCGCGCAGCCGAGGAUACCGCGGGCCGGGCCGAGGCUCCCGGCGCCGUGACAACCCCGUUCCCCCGCGGGCUGGAGCCUGUUCACAGGUGUUCUACAGACCAUGAAAUAGGCCCAGACAUUCAUGAGCACAGUGUGAGGCUCCUGACCACCACCCAGCAGCCCUUUCCUCUCUGGCACUAAGGACCCCCCAGAGAAGAUGGGGAGGAAAAAGAUUCAGAUCCAGCGAAUCACUGAUGAGCGGAACCGCCAGGUGACGUUCACCAAGCGCAAGUUUGGACUGAUGAAGAAGGCGUACGAGCUGAGCGUGCUGUGUGACUGCGAGAUCGCGCUCAUCAUCUUCAACCACUCCAACAAGCUGUUCCAGUACGCCAGCACCGACAUGGACAAGGUGCUGCUCAAGUACACGGAGUACAACGAGCCGCACGAGAGCCGCACCAAUGCUGACAUCAUAGAGUCAUCUGUUCCGGCCCCCAACUUUGCCAUGCCUGUCACAGUGCCCGUGUCCAAUCAGAGCUCCAUGCAGUUCAGCAAUCCCAGCGGCUCUCUGGUCACUCCUUCCCUGGUGACGUCAUCCCUUACGGACCCACGGCUCCUGUCCCCCCAGCAGCCAGCACUACAGAGAAACAGUGUUUCUCCGGGCCUGCCUCAACGACCUGCUAGUGCAGGAGCCAUGCUGGGUGGAGACCUCAACAGUGCUAAUGGUGCCUGCCCCAGUCCCGUGGGGAAUGGCUACGUCAGCGCCCGAGCUUCCCCUGGCCUCCUCCCUGUGGCCAAUGGCAACAGCCUAAACAAAGUCAUCCCUGCCAAGUCUCCGCCCCCACCCACCCACAACACCCAGCUUGGAGCCCCCAGCCGCAAGCCUGAUCUGCGGGUCAUCACUUCCCAGGGAGGCAAAGGGUUAAUGCAUCAUUUGACUGAGGACCAUUUAGAUCUGAACAAUGCCCAGCGCCUUGGGGUCUCCCAGUCUACCCACUCGCUUACCACCCCAGUGGUUUCCGUGGCAACACCAAGUUUACUCAGCCAGGGCCUCCCUUUCUCCUCCAUGCCCACUGCCUACAACACAGAUUACCAGCUGUCCAGUGCAGAGCUGUCCUCCUUACCAGCUUUCAGCUCACCUGCCGGACUGGCACUAGGCAAUGUCACUGCCUGGCAACAGCCCCAGCAGCCUCAGCAACCACAGCAACCACAGCCGCCACAGUCACAACCACAGCCGCAGCCACAGCAGCCACAGCAGCCACCUCAGCAACAGCCCCACUUGGUCCCCGUAUCGCUCAGCAACCUCAUCCCAGGCAGCCCCUUGCCCCAUGUGGGUGCUGCUCUCACGGUCACCACCCACCCGCACAUCAGCAUCAAGUCAGAACCAGUGUCCCCAAGCCGUGAGCGCAGCCCUGCACCUCCUCCGCCAGCUGUGUUCCCAGCUUCCCGCCCUGAUCCUGGUGAAGGUCUCAGCAGCCCAGCUGGAGGAUCCUAUGAGACCGGGGACCGGGAUGAUGGACGGGGGGACUUUGGGCCCACGCUAGGCCUGCUGCGCCCAGCCCCAGAGCCUGAGGCUGAUGGCUCAGCUGUGAAGAGGAUGCGGCUAGAUACUUGGGUACUGUAAUAUUGCCCUUCUGUCUGCCGGUGUCUGCAUCACCCAGGGACUGUCCCACAUGCACUCAGCCUGCUUUCUUUCCCACCUGAGGCCUUGUGGCCAGCAUUCCUUUUGGGUCAGUACUCACAGCCCUUGACUCCUUCCAUGCAGUAUUGUGCCCUGCUCAGUGACCUCCAGCUGGCCUUGCCCUAAAGUUUUGCCCCUUGGGAGAGGGUUGGGUGCAUCCUGUAGGCCAAGCUGCCCCUCAUACCACCUUCUCCGUCUCCUCUCUUCACAGACAUUAAAGUGACGGCUCCCACUCCCUCCUCUCAGCCUCCCUGAUGAAGAGUUGACAAUCUCACCGCCUACCCCUCCCUGUCCUGGGCUCCUCCCGCUCGACCCCCACUUCCUUUCUUCUGCUCCAUGUCCUGUUGAUGGUUACAUUUGUGUAUAAUUAUAUUAUUAUUAUUAUUAUUAUUAUAUUUUUAAAUUCGAAUUCUCGCUUUAGAGAGAGGGUUGCUCUUGCCCCUUUCUUGGCCCCACCAUUUUCACUGGUGGGGGGACUCUCUUUAUUGCGGGAAAGGGGGGGACACUUUGCACGUUGUACACAUAUGCUGCAGGAGGGGGGGUAGGCCUUGGAGAAGGACAGGUGCCGAGCCCUGCAUGUGGAGCCCUCACAUCCCAUUCCCAGAUAGACGUAAAGAACCAAAAACUAUCCAACAACAAAAACCCCAGAGCUGGCUUGAUGUUGGGUUUGCGUCUCAGGGACAGGAAGGGACAGACUUUGCUUCGGGCUGUUCAUGGCUAAUACCCAUCUUGGUCCCUCCAGCUUCCUGCGUACACACCACACUUACUGGUCCUGUGUGAUGCACCCCAAGAUCUGGGUUCUAGGAAGGCUGCCUGGGAAUCUGAGGCCAGGGCAGGGACUUGAGGUAGGAGCCUCUUUGGAAGUAACAUUGGAGAGACAGCUGUAGAAAGAGGGCUGAUGAGGGCAGAAGGACUGGGUGUGGCAAGUCGGGACCCUACCCCUGGCUUUUCCUUUAAGAUGUACAGUGCAAUAGCUCCCCAUCCUUCAGCCUACCCCAGCCCUAGAAAGUUGGCCAUGUACUGGAAGAGUUGGGGAGAGGACCUUCAGUGGAGUAGCUCCAGGUUGGACCAGGGUCAUCCUUUGGUUCCUUGGGGCAUUAAGGGCAGGAGGCCUGUCAGGGGCAGGCAUGGGGAGGGUACCUCUGCUAUGUGCACCACACCCAGAAGAGUGCACGCUGGGCGCACAGCAUGGUCCAUGGAGCUAGAGGGCCCUAUUGAUGCGGCCCCUGAGGCCCCUCCCCAGUCCUCCUAACUCCUGCCCCGACCCACCUCCCAGCUUUUUUGCCCAUCUCGCUACCUCCUGUCCCUCCACCUCCAGGCCACGCCCCAAACCUGCCCUCUUGCUACUGUAAUUGUAAAUAGCAACCUUCCAAAAUGUUAGUGGUUAACAGUCCAGGAAACUGUUGUGUUUGUUGUUGUUGUUGUUGUAUUGAUAUGAAAUGAGAUUCUAUUUUUGUCAAAGUAUAUUGUAAUAAUAAUGACUCAAAUGGCCCGUACUGUACAGAUGGGAUUCUUCUGCUGUUCUUGCCUUGCUCUCCCAGGCUUGUGCUUUGUCGCCUCCUCAGUGGGGCUGCAGGCAAGCACCCAGGGGAGGGGAAGGGAGACAGCACACACUCCCAUGGGUAGAGUAAGACAAUGCUCAGUGCUGUAGGAAGAUGGUCUUUGCCCACCUGUGACCCAGCCUUUUGGAGUAUUUUGACACUUGCUGCAGGGAAGAAGCCAGAAGCAGAGGGGUGUGAGCAUGCUCGUGGGGGCGUUUCUGGGUGCACCCUGUAUUUAUGAGAUUGUGUGCAGCUGUGCGGAUGUACCUUUGAGUGCCUCUGAGUCCAGUGGGUGUAUUCGUAAAUCUUAAGUGACUCAGGCUCCAGGGGCCUCUGUGUCUGUGUGGCUGGGUGUAUUUACACAAGGAUAGGUGGCUUCCAGCUCUGUGCUUCUCACUGCCCUCUUCCCUGGGCUGCUCUCAGUCCUGAAACAUUUGUACUAAAGUUAUAGGGAGUUGCUAGUUGACCAUCCCACCUCUCCCCACAGCCUACCUCCACCAGGGCCUCACUCUGGGAGCUCUGCCUCCUUAUGGCUGUCUGCUAGUCCUAGCCAGACCAGUUCUGACCCUGGAGUUCUGACUUGUUUGUGGACAAACUCAAGUUCCUCCUCCUCCUGGGAGCUCUGCCUUCCCAGGCAGGCAACCCUCUUUUACCCAGGGUUUUACCCCGGUAGCUGACCAGGUAAGGCGGUCAAACAUGUGUCCUGCCUUCUCACCCCUCCUCACAGUUCCUAGAGGGAGUUUUUAAGACUUGCCUAAGGCCUUGACGGGAGCCAGGGUGUAGUCCUGUGCACAUACACUCCCCUUAAAAGUGGCUGGCACAUUGUAGGCCCUCAGCAGAUGCUGAAUGGGCGAAUGAUAGGUGCUCAAUAAACAUGGAAUCACUGGCCUCUUCUCAGGCUGAGCGUGGCCACCAUCACACAGAGCUGGGGUGAGGCCCCUGACGUUCACAGUGUGCUGCUCAUCAGUGUGCAGUCUGCUUCCCGAAUGCAAACCUGGCUUCUGAUUGCCAUGUAUAGGUGUGUGGUGUGUGUGUGUGUGUGUGUGUGUUCAUCCCUGUCCCUGACAGUAGGGACAGUCUGUGAGUGAAUAUGUGACAUUUCUGCAGUUCAGUAUCUCCAGGAUUCUCCUGGGGCUAUGUAGGGGCUUCUGGCUGGCCAGGUAAAUUGAUCCCUGGGAACCCAGACCUCAAAUGGGGACUUAUUUUCUUCCUCUCACAAGCCAAAUUUGCCUCCUAUUCACUUCCUCUGCAAAACUGGGUAUUUGCCAAAGUAGCCUCUGGCGCCAUCCAGUGCCCUUCCCACCCAGAUCUCCCUCGGCUUUCAGGGACAGUGGGACCAAGGGCCACCCCCACAUGCCUCAGUGGAACACAUUCCCUCCACCCCAGCAGUGCACUCAACGUCCCUCCCCUCGGACAGGAAGGAAGAAAGAUGCCCCUUCUCUUGCUGGUUAUUUAUUCGGAGAGACGGAAACGAUGUGAAAGUGUCUAAAAGUCUCUCUAUCUCUAUAUUUUUAACUGACUCUCUGGAACCCCCUGUGGGGGAAUGUAGGCUUUCCUGGAGGCUGGGAGUUCCUGGUUCUGUCCCCUUCUGCCUCCUGCUUAUGCAGAGGGAUGAGAUUUAAUGGGGCAAGAGAGCUAAGAUUCCCAAGAAGAAUCUGAAUUCUCUACCCCAUUCAAGUCCCAGAGAGAGGGAAGUAGGGAGGGGUGGGGCCAGCCAAGAGGCGACCCAUCCCCAAACUUGACAAUCACCCACACUCCUGGCUCCUGGGUCUUGGGCAGGUGAGCCCAAGUGUGUGGCUGUUGAUUUGUUUCAUUAUUUCUUUCCGUGCUGUACGGUGAUGCUUUCUAGUAUUCUGCACAUUAAGAAAAGACAAAGUCCUUGAGAUUCUUACGAGUUUGGUUUGAAAACUCUUUCACUAUAUUUGUUGUAAAGAGGUUUACUAUUAAAAGAAAAAAGAACACGUUUCUGAUA